CCAAAGGACAGCCGUGUUUCCACACGGACCAUAUUUUCAUCCUGGACCUAUAAUGCAUCGCAGUUACUGAAUUCAGGGAUAAAUAGAGAUAAAUGAUGAUGAAUUGAUUUGUAAAUGAUCGGUUGUGGUUUUCAGGAUGGCCACGCUGGUUCUCGAUAACGGGGCUUACUGGGCGAAGAUCGGUUACAGCCAGGAGAAAGUCAGUGUAAUCCCAAACUGUCAGUUCCGCUCAAAGACGUCAAGAUUAAAAACCUUUACGGCCAACCAGCUGGAUGAAAUCAAGGAUCCUUCGGGUCUCUUCUACAUCUUGCCUUUCCAGAAGGGUUACCUGGUUAACUGGGAUGUUCAGAGGAAAGUGUGGGACCACCUGUUUGGAAAAGAGAUGUUCAAGGUGGAGUUUGCAGACACGAGCAUCAUCAUCACAGAGCCUUACUUCAACUUCACCUCCAUUCAGGAGUCCAUGAACGAGAUCCUGUUUGAGGAAUACCAGUUCCAGUCGGCUCUGCGGACGAACGCGGGGUCGCUCAGCGCUCAUAACUACUUCCACAGCAAACCGUCAGAGCUCUGCUGCCUUGUGGUCGACUCUGGAUUCUCCUUUACCCACAUCGUCCCUUACUGUCGCAGUAAGAAGCUGAAGGAGGGCAUCCGCAGGGUCAAUGUUGGAGGGAAACUGCUCACCAAUCACCUGAAGGAGAUCAUAUCGUACCGCCAACUGCAUGUGAUGGACGAGACGUAUGUGAUCAACCAGGUGAAAGAAGACGUUUGCUACGUCUCUCAGCAUUUCUACAAGGACAUGGAGAUCGCACAGAUGAAAGGGGAGGAGAACUCGGUGAUGAGGGAUUACGUUCUUCCUGAUUUCAGCGCCAUCAAGAAAGGUUUCUGUAAGCCUCGAGAAGAGAUGGUCCUCAGCGGGAAAUAUAAGACAGGCGAGCAGAUCCUGAGGUUGGUCAACGAGCGCUUCGCCGUUCCUGAGAUGCUCUUCCAUCCAUCAGACAUCGGCAUCCAGGAGAUGGGGAUCCCAGAGGCCAUCGUUGACUCGGUCAGGUCCCUGCCAGAAGAGAUGCACCCCCACCUCUACCAGAACAUCGUCCUGACGGGAGGCAACACGCUGUUUCCUGGCUUUAGAGAGCGACUGGAGGCGGAGCUUCGGUCUCUUGUCCCCGCCCAUCUCCCGGUGUCGGUCUUCCUUCCUGACAAUCCGGUCUGUUAUUCCUGGGAAGGAGGGAAGCUGCUGUCUCACAGUCCGGACUACGAUGAGAUGGUGGUGAUGCGGGAGGACUACGAGGAGAACGGACACAUCGUCUGUGAGGAGAAGUUUGACAUCUGAAUUAAAAGGCGUCGGGAAGAGAAACUGUCUUCGUACGAACUCUGAGGUUCAGGAGGGAUCAAGUGCAGAACGUUGAUGAAACAAGCACACAGAGACGUGGCCAACAUUUUUCUACUGAAUAAAAAAUUUUUCUACUUG